UUUCGAGAAAACAGAGUCAUCAAUGUUUGCUGCUUGAUAGUUUCCAUUUAUGGAGCAGCUUGUCAACUUCAUCAUUCGCCCACCACGAGCUGAAUAUGACCCGAAAACUGAUUUACUGGAGCAAGAGUUCAUGCUGAAAGGGAAGUUGUUUCAACGGAAAGAUGUGGAGAUAAAAAACAGUCGUGGCGACAUGCUUCAAUGCAGUCAUUACGUGCCUAUAGUCAGUCCUGGAGGAAAGCCUCUGCCGUGUGUGAUAUAUUGCCAUGGCAACAGUGGAUGCAGGGCUGAUGCCGGUGAAGCUGCUAUAAUUUUACUUCCAUCAAAUAUUACAGUUUUUGCUUUGGAUUUCUCAGGAUCCGGAAUUUCUGGAGGGGAUCAUGUCACACUAGGUUGGAAUGAAAAAGAUGAUCUGAGAGCUGUGGUUAACUAUUUGCGGGCAGAUGAAAAUGUCUCUCUGAUUGGAUUAUGGGGCCGCUCAAUGGGUGCUGUGACUAGCCUUAUGUAUGGAGCUGAGGAUCCUUCAAUAGCAGGGAUGGUUUUGGACAGUCCCUUCUCUGACUUGGUUGAUUUGAUGAUGGAACUUGUAGAUUCAUACAGAGUCCGACUGCCAAAGUUCACUGUGAAGUUUGCAAUUCGAUAUAUGCAAAAAACAAUCCAGAAGAAGGCAAAAUUUGACAUAACAGACUUGAACACCAUUAAGGCAGCUCAAUCUUGUUUCGUUCCGGCACUACUAGGACAUGCCAUUGAUGAUGAUUUUAUACAACCUCAUCAUUCGGAUCGUAUUCUUGAGGCUUACAUGGGAGACAAAAACCUAAUCAAGUUUGAGGGAGAUCAUAACUCUCCUCGUCCUCAAUUUUAUUUUGAUUCUAUAAACAUCUUUUUCAACAAUGUUCUGCAACCUCCCGAGGAUGAGGUUGGGGAAUUAUUCUUUGACUUCACUAAUGAAUUAUUUGGUAAGGAUGUUUGGAGAUCUAUGCAAGAACUAGACUAUGAAUUUGAAGAAUCGUCUGAAAACAAAGAAUCAUCAACAUGCUGGACUGUGGAUGCUAUUAGGCAAGUCCAUUCAAGAAGACCAAUGAGUAGGAUGGAGGUUCCAUCACAUACCCCUUCGAAAGAUGAACGUUGUGACCAUGAGGAUGGUAUUUCCUCCUCAUCAAUGAUUAGCUUUGAACUAUCAAAUGGUGGUGCCACUGUUCCAGCCACUUUGGAUGAUGAUGCCGAUUUUGUAGAAUAUCAACUCCAAGACCUAACAGGCUUUCCAUCCAGUGCAGAGGAAGAAGAAAGAAUGCUUAAGGAAGCAGUUAUGGUGUCACUGGAAGACUUGGAAGUAACAAAUCCACAAAAGGAUGAAUCUUCAAAUCCUUUGCAGAAAGAACAUGCUACAAACAAAACAAUUUCCACUGCAUCUGAUGAUGUAUAUAAACCCUUGAAAGUUGAGUCAAAUUCCAUUUUAGGUACUGAGUUUGGCAAUUCAGCAAGUGCUUCUUCUGUUUGUAGUGAUAGUUCUACUAGUGUACAGAGUUCAUCAGAAACUGACAUAUCACAUAACACAAGGGCCACAUUAACUGUCGUCAGGACUCCGACAGCCAACGUCCUCAACGGCUUAAUGCGCCGUUGGGAUUUCAACCUUUUCAGAAACGAUAGAAGCCGAUGAUGAGUUUCUGGCAUUAUACUUAAUCUUUUGUAACUACAAGGAGUAUAGUUGUUGAAAUGGUUGACAUCAGAAAUAGGUAAAUGGUGUGUAAGUUUAGUGUGUUGAGAUUUUAAUCUAACAAUCACCUAAUAUUCUUUAGGUGUAAAAGAGAAUCUGUGAUGAAAACUUUCCUCAUUGUUCA